UCUGAGGCCACGUGAGUUUGAGCAGGACGGUCACCGACAGCUAAAACUCCUGGCCCCUGGGUUCCUCUUUUUCCUCCAGAGAUUUCCGUCCCGUCCACCCAGCUCCAAGAGUCCAAGAUCCCAACCAUGGUGGCCGCGACGGCACUCUCCUUCUCCUUUCUGUCACUAGCAACGACACUCUUCCUUCUCCUCCUGCGCAGCCUCAUCAACAACAAGAAGCGCCACUGUCGCCUCCCACCGAGCCCGCCGUCGUCCCUGCCCGUCAUCGGCCACCUGCACCUUUUGAAGAAGCCGCUCCACCGAACGCUGUCUGCUCUUGCGGCGCAGCACGGCCCUGUUCUCCUCUUCCGAUUCGGCUCCCGCCGCGUUGUCCACGUCGCCGACCCUGCCGUCGCCGCGGAGUGUUUGAGCACCCACGACGUCACCUUCGCCAACCGCCCGCGGCUUCCCUCCGCCCGCUACCUCUCCAACGACUACACCACGUUGGGCUCCUCAAGCUACGGGCCCAACUGGCGCAACCUCCGCCGCAUCGCCACCGUCGACGUCUUCUCCUCGCAUCGCGUCCUCUGCUCCGCGGAUGUCCGCGCCAGCGAGGUCCGUAACAUGGCGCGCCAGCUCUUCAAGGCCGCCGCCGGGGCCGACGCCUCCAGGCCCGCGCGCUGCGACGUGAAGGCACGCGCGUUCGAGAUCGCGCUGAACACCGUGGCGAGGGUAAUCGCCGGGAAGCGGUACUACGGCGACGGCUCGGUGGCGUCGGAGGAGGCCGAGCGGUUCCGUGCCAUGGUCCGCGAGUACUUAGCGAUGCACGGGGCAUCGAACCUGCAGGACUUCGUGCCCGUACUUGCACUGGUGGACAUCGGCGGCGUGAACAAGCGCGCAAUAAGGCUGUCCAAGGCGCGCAACGAGUGGGCGCAGCGGCUUAUCGACGAGCACCGGGCGGCCGCCGCGGCCGGGAGGGAGCAGGGGAAGACGAUGGUCGGCGAUUUGCUGGAGAAGCAGGCAUCUGACCCCGAGACGUACAGCGACAAGGUCAUCAGAGCGCUCUGCUUGUCCAUCUUGCAAGCUGGAACUGACACCUCGUCGUCCACCAUCGAGUGGGGCAUGGCGCUGCUACUGAAUCAUCCCGCCGCCAUGGCCAAGGCCAAAGCCGAGAUCGACGAGGUCAUCGGCACAGCGCGCAUCCUGGAGGAAGCCGACCUGCCAAACCUUCCCUACCUCGGCUGCAUCAUCAAGGAAACCCUGCGCCUCCACCCCGUCGGACCGCUCCUAGCGCCGCACGAAUCGGCCUCCGACUGCUCGGUCGGCGGCUACGACAUCCCCGCAGGGACGAUGCUCCUCGUCAAUGUGCACGCCAUGCACAGGGAUGCGCGCGUGUGGGAGGAACCGGAAAGGUUCUCCCCGGAGAGGUUCGAGGGCGGGAAUAGCGACGGCAAAUGGAUGCUUCCGUUCGGCAUGGGCCGGCGGCGGUGCCCCGGCGAAGGCCUUGCCGUGAAGAUGGUCGGUCUCGCGCUGGGUACGCUUCUGCAGUGCUUCGAGUGGAGAAGGACCGGAGAUGAGGAGGUCGACAUGACGGAAGCGUCCGGGCUGACCAUGCCCAAGUCUGUGCCGUUGGAGGCGUUCUAUUGGCCGCGUACGGAGAUGAUGUCACCGCUAACGGCACUUCACGGAUGUUGAGAUUUUGAAUUUUUUUAGGCACGCCAAAUGCAAAGACAAUUUAGUUAGAGAGGUCCUUAUCCCUCCAUCUUAAAUUAAAUUAAGACUUCAUUUGGUACAGCUCAGUUUCAUCAGUGAAGCAGCUUUUUUCAACUUCAUACCCUAUGACUAUGACUAUGAUUAUGAGCAGCCCCACCCGCAGAAUUGAAGGCAUUCAUGCUGCGUUACCCUAUGACUGUGAGCAACCCCACCCGCAGAAUUGAAGUCGUUCAUACUGCAUUUCCUCUACACCGGCAGUUGAGCAAAACCACAACUAAGAAGUGAAGCCAGAAUUGUAUGAAGCCAGAUCGAAUUCGCUUUGAGGACACGAAGCCCCUCUGAAGAAGACUCUCUUCAUCGAUGAUCAAAUGAAGGCACAAGGCACACUUUGCCUCGAGAUAAAGUCAAAAUUGAAUGAAGGCAGAACGAUUCCCUCGAUAAAUGUGAAGCCCCUCUGGCAAAUAGGACAUGCCAAUGUGAAACCCAGAGCAUAUAUUUGGAUAAAAAGAUUAAACUACCCUAGUAUGAAUGAAUAAAUGUAAGGGAAUAGUCUAAGAGUAUUUUAGACUUUGUAUAGGGAAAAACAAAUUUGACACCCCCUACAAAUAUAUUUCUUACAUGUAUUGUUUAUGACAUGGAACAGAUACUUGAGUAUGUUUAUUCUA